AUGGAGAUCUUUAUAGACCGUAUUGAUCAGCCGGUUACGUUUGGCAUUGAUCUUUACUCCUUUGAUGUUAAGCCAAACCAGCCGUUCCACGGCUUCAAAAAGGUCCCGCGAGAUCCGCGAUUCCACAUAGUACAUUUCCAGCAUUCCACGGUGGGCGUUAGGUAUGGCUACUACUUUGAGGCUGAUAAGCUUGAGUACCUCCAGUUUGAGUACGACAGGACCCAGGAGCUGUACAAACCACGAAGCCUGGAAACCGAGGAAGCGCGACGCGAUGGCUACAACAAGUUCCAGCAACUCCAUCCACUCAUGGUCCCAUACCCAUCGGUGGACGAAGGGGACUCGUGGUUUGAGAUCACAAAAUUCGUCAAGAUGCUGGACGUGAAAUACAUCGCUGGUUGCAGCGGUCAUUUUGUCUACAUGGACUCGGCCGUGACCACGGAGGAAGAAAAAGGCAUUCUGAGGAAGGCGCUUGCCAAGGGUCGCCACACUGGUGGCACAGGCCUUGGCGGCCCAGUUCCGCAGGAAGAACUGAGCCUCAACUACUCAGCCAUCGUCUUCAAGUCCAAAGACGCGAUACGGCCCGAGCACAAAAUGCAGGAUUUUCUGGACAAGAGUUAUUACUUGAACGAGGUCAUUUUGCCCCGCCACCAUCACAGCUCGAUAUACUCGCUUUUCGGCGAACUGCAGUGGGCGUUCUUGAAUGCCCUGAUGUUCGGGAACUACGCUUCCAGCCUCCAAUGGCAUAACAUCGUGGAACUGCUGGCAUUCAGCUCUCGUAUAAAAACUGUACUCCUUGCGGAACUGGAUGCACUUCUCGCCGCACAGCUCGCAUCUUUGCCGUCAUUCUACGUGGAUACGCUGCUAAACGAGGACGUCUGGGUACGUGUAUUGCACGACUCGCACCACAGUACUGAACUGCCGAAUACGGGGAAUGCCAUCCGCAAGCUGUGGCCGCACCUAGGUGAGGUCGACAGCGAACCGGACGCACUCCUAUCCAGCUUUGACCGACCUUAUGCCUUCCAGCACGACGGAGACGAUGACAGCGGCGACGAGAACGGUCCUGUGGUUGCCGAGCGAGUUAUAUACCGGUGA